AUGGUCGGAUUCGACCAGACAAAGCUACUUCACCGGAGGACGACUGGGCCAUUACAUCUAACGGGGUACGCAGCGAAAAUCCACGGAUAUGAUUACAAGCUAGUCCAGGUGCAGAAUAUGGGCUCACGCUACGGCACCUGGGCUAAAGUCCCGGCUAUCAGAGAAUUCCUGGAACAUUACCAGUUUGUAGUCUUUUUGGAUGCCGAUGUCAUUCUCACCUAUCCACACCUCCCACUCGAGUGGCUUUUCAAUUACUGGGCCAUGCAUCCACAAACCCUUGUUGCGAUGGCUGCCGACCCGACAGAGCCGGUCAACGAUGAUGAGCGAGGCAAUACGUUCCUGAACACUGGCUUCGUGAUCGCCCAGCGGAGUGUGCGAACGAUGGAGCUUUUGAGAGCUUGGGAAAACUGCCCUGGUGAAUCGCAAUACCAGAACUGCGCACACUGGGUUACCCACUGGCCUCACGAACAAGGCGCCUUUGGAACGUACCUUCGAUACGACUUCAAUCGAUCUUCCGAUAUCAAGGUCCUUCCUUGCGCUGAGGCAAAUGGGUGCCCCAACGCAGCGCAUACUGGCUGUGUUGGCAAGUUCGUGCGCCAUUACUGGUAUUCGAAAAACUCAGUCACACCAGCUGUUGAUCAGUCUAUUCAACGCUACUUCCUGCCCUAUCUACACCACGCAUUUCUUCGCGAUGCUCAGCUUGACGUCUUAGCUCUAGAGCCCGAGAACAUGGCUCAGGAUUGA